AUGCGUCUUCAGCAUGUCUCUUUUGCUUUCGCAAGCCUCUCGUCUCUCGCUUAUGCAUCCACAAGCGAAGAGCUUCUGUCGUUUCUCCAAGCUAAUCCAGGGCAAAGAUCUGUUGCCUCUACAGAUGAGGAGUUUCUAGAAUGGAAGAAAUCAAGAGUCGAAACCAUAGACGCACCUAUAAGCCCCGUCGUUCCAAAGGCCUACAUCAUUCAACUAAAGCCUGGAUCAAGCCUCACCAAACGAGAUCAAGAUGACCACUCCCAAUUCCACAAGCGAGCCUCGACGAUCGACUACUCAACCCGUCGGGAGUUCAAGAAUCCAGAUCUGUUCUUCGGCCUCUCAAUUCAGGUCAACGACGACGCGAACGAGACUGCGAUCCUCGAAAUUCCGGAUGUUGUGAAUGUAUGGCCUGUCAAGAUAAUCCCGAGACCGCCGAUCCUUGAACUUUCCGAGUUUCCCGAGAUUCUUGAGCCCGCAUCGGUGGUGAGAAAUGCGGUCGCAGAAAUACCAGGGAAUCUCUCCGCGAUUGCGGGCCCUAGAGCAAAUAUCAACUCCCCUCACCGACAGACCGAGGUCGAUCGACUUCAUGCCUUGGGGAUCAAAGGCAAAGGGGUUAAAAUUGCUGUCAUGGACACUGGCAUUGACUAUCGGCAUCCAGCUCUCGGAGGCGGCUUUGGUCCAGGCUUCAAAGUAUCCUUCGGCAGAUCGUUCGUCACUGACGAUUCUGAUGAGGAAAGCAACGAUCCGCUCGCUACCUGUGUCAGCGGAGGACAUGGAACCCACGUAGCAGGGAUCAUUGGUAUGCAGGAUCCAGCCAAUUCAACUUUUGGACUUGUUGGCGUUGCUCCUGAAGCCGAGCUGGGAGCGUAUCGUGUCUUUGGCUGCAGUGGUAGCGCAGCUCAAGACGUCUUGAUGAGAGCAUUUGAGCAAGCUGCUAUUGACGAAGUCGACAUUUUGAGCACAUCGUUGGGAGCUUCACGACCAUGGGAAACAGAUGAGCCAUUUUCAAUCAUCACUGCUGGCUUAGAAGCAAGAGGUAUUGCUGUUGUCGCAGCCAUUGGCAAUAAUGGUCGAUCUCUGCCCGCCACACCUGGGACUCCCGCGGUUGGCCAGAAGGUCAUCGCCGUCGGUUCGAUAGCGAACAGCCAUUAUCCAACCGUCUACGGUGGGAGGGACUCCCGAGGGCGCUCCUUCAAAUACUCUGGAAGCCCAUUCCCCCUCCAAGCCCCAGCAGCUGGGCUCAUCGUUAUCGACUUUGCCACACUCGCUGCAAAUUCGACGUCACCUUCAGGAUGCGUGGCUGCUGGCUGGAAGACUCUGAACGAGUCGAUUAUCAAUAAAGAGGAAACGAUCGUGGCGGUGCCAUUUACUACAGAAUGCACUUCGUCCGUCAUAGUCCAGAACUCUCAGAACCAUGGAUUUCCAACGACAGUUAUGUACGCGAAAGGAGCGCCAGUGGAUGUGUAUGUUCAAGACUACCAAGCUUUCAUUCUCAACCUGCCGUAUCAAGCUAUUACCCUCAACCAAGUGGAUAGUGAAACUCUCAUUGAAGGUCUCACUCUUUCUGGGCCGAAAAAAUACAGGUUAUUCUUCAACUCGGGCGUCUUUGAAUCGAGCCCGCAGCUUACAGGAGGAUUCAUGUCGAACUUUUCAUCCUGGGGUCCUACGAUGGACACGUUGGCUAUCAAACCACAGAUUUCUGCCCCCGGAGGAUCGAUUCUGUCGACUUGGCCAUUACUUGGGAGAGGCUACGGUAUCAUGAGUGGAACCUCCAUGGCCACUCCUUACGUCGCAGGCGCUCUGGCUCUGCUGAAAUCUCAGUUUCCUGAUGCUACCGUACAGCAGCUGAGAGAGAGGCUCCAGAGCACCUCUCAGUCUGUUAAUUAUAUAUAUGAGCAGUCGCUCAAGACGUCCAUAGCACAGCAGGGUGGUGGAAUGAUAAAUGUGUACAAUGCCAUGUUCUACGAAUCUACAGUCUCGCCCUCUGAGCUAAAUCUUGGAGAUCUGGAUGACCUCACGUCUCCGCGCGAGAUCACUAUCGACAACUCUUCAAAUCGAACCAAGACCUAUGAAAUUUCUCACGAACCAGCGGGACUUGUAAACGUAGUGCCAUACAAUCUCAGUUCUACGGGUCCUCUGUGGGGCCAGAAUUUCUUCGGCGGCCAAUAUCCUUUUUACGCAUCCGUAAAGUUGUCGGAGACAACAGUCACCAUCCCCGCCGGAUCCUCCGCAAACAUCACCAUAAGCUUCGACCCACCACAGGACAUGGACCCGCUGUUCCUACCCGUCUACUCCGGCUUCAUCCGCAUAAAGAACAACAACGACGACUACGACGACAACCUCCGCGUCCUCUACCUUGGCCAGCCAUACUCGCGCUUCAACGCCUCAUACCUCGACACCUCAUCCAAGAGCGGCGUCGAAUGGCCCGGCCUAUUCACCUACAGCAGCCCCAACAUCCUGACGCGGGUCGACAACGGCAUCGCCAACUUCAGCUUCGGACAGCAGGGCUUCGGCGCCCCCGCGAUGCAGUGGAUGACGCAGCAGAACAGCCAGGGCUACCGCGUCGACAUGGUGCCCUACAACACCACCUUCGUCCCGGACCACUACGGCUUCACCGCCAACGCGUCCAACCCCCUCGGCGUGCCGGACGCCUUCCUGCCGCUCCGGUACCCCGCCCUGGCGAUCAACGGCACCGAAGCCGGCGCCGCGAUCUUCGGCAUGGCCAAGUACGAACGUGAACUCCGGCGGGGGAGCACCCUGUUGAUCUUACUCGAUGGCUCGACCUACGAUGCCGCCGGGGACCUGGUCGCGACCCUGCCCGACGGGGACUACCGGGCGCUCCUCAGGGUGCUGAAGUGGGGCGGCGACUGGGCGCAGGAGCACUCGUACGAGAGCUGGCUGAGUCCCAUCAUCCGGGGCACCAGGCAUCCCCGAGUCGAGUCAGGAAACGAGAGCCGGUGA